AUGGCGGCAGAGAGACGGUCUCCGUGGGUUCCGGUCCCGGGCCUUGCUCUGCUGGUCUCGAUCCUCCUCGUCCCGCCGUGCGUCUCUCAGCCUGAGAAGGGGGUCUCCAUUCUGGAUCAGGGUUUCUGUCAGUCCAUCUCCAUCCCGCUCUGCAGAGACCUCGCCUACAACCAGACCAUCAUGCCCAACCUGCUGGGCCACACCAACCAGGAGGACGCGGGUCUGGAGGUCCACCAGUUCUACCCGCUGGUCCAGGUCCAGUGCUCCGUGGACCUGCGGUUCUUCCUGUGCUCCCUGUACGCGCCGGUCUGCACGGUUCUGGAGCGGCCCAUCCCGCCCUGCAGGUCUCUGUGUGAGCGGGCCCGGCUCGGCUGUGAGGAGCUCAUGAACAAGUUCGGCUUCCUGUGGCCCGAGAGGCUUCGCUGCGAGGACUUCCCGGUUCACGGGGCGGGAGAGAUCUGCGUGGGUCAGAACACGACGGACUCGGACGACCCCACAUCAGACCCGACCCCCAACCUGCCCGAGGUUCUGACCCUGCCGACCCCCAACCAGCCCUUCUCCUGCCCCCGGGUGCUCCGGGUGCCCUCCUACCUGAACUACCGUCUCCUGGGGCUGAAGGACUGCGGCGCCCCCUGUGAGACCUCCAGACCCAACGGACUCAUGUACUUCAGUGAGGAGGAGCUGAGGUCUGGCCGGCUCUGGGUCGGGAUCUGGUCCGUUCUGUGCUGGGUCAGCACCCUGUUCACCGUGCUCACCUCCCUGGUGGACCGGAGGCGGUUCCGAUACCCGGAGAGGCCGAUCAUCCUCCUGUCCGGAUGCUACUUCAUGGUGGCGCUGGCGUUCACCGCCGGCUUCCUGUUGGAGGACAAACUGGUGUGUCGUGGUUUCAACAGUGCCGGGUACAGGACGGUGUCCCAGGGCUCCGUCAGGGACGGCUGCUCCGUCAUCUUCAUCGUCCGGUACUUCUUCGGCAUGGCCGGCUCCGUCUGGUGGGUCGUCCUGUCCCUCAGCUGGUUCCUGUCGGCGGGGAUGAAGUGGAGCCAGGAGGCCAUCGAGGCUAACGCGCAUUACUUCCACGUGGCAGCCUGGGCGGUGCCGGCGGUUCAAACCCUCACCAUCCUGGCGAUGGGGCGGGUGGAGGGCGACCUGCUCACCGGAGUCUGCUACGUGGGGGUCUACGACCUGGACGCCCUGCGGGGCUUCGUCCUGGCGCCGCUGUGCGUCUACCUCCUCGUCGGCACUUCCUUUCUGCUGGCCGGCUUCGUGUCGCUGCUCCGAAUCCGCACCGUCAUGAAGCACGCCGGCACCGAGACGGCGGAGCUGGAGAGGCUGACGGUGCGGAUCGGCGUGUUCGGCGUGCUGUACACGGCGCCCGCCGCCGCCGUCAUCGCCUGCUGCUUCUACGAGCAGGCCUCCAGGCCGCGCUGGGAGAGGACCUGGCACAUGAAGACCUGCAAACACUUCGGCGUGCCGUGUCCCGCCGAGGACUUUGAACCGCUGACGCCGGACUUCACCGUGUUCAUGAUCAAGCACCUCAUGACCCUGAUCGCCGGGGUCACAUCCGGAUUCUGGAUCUGGUCCGGGAAGACACUGCAGUCCUGGUUCCGGUUUUGUAAGAGACUGAAGAGAAACAACCAGGAGUAA